AUGGAUAUAAAGACCUUGCUGGACAAUCUUCAUGAUGAAGUAUCCUGUUCUGUGUGUAUGUGUACAUUCACUGAUCCAAAGCAGUUGCCUUGUUUGCACAGUUUCUGUCUUCACUGCCUGAACGGAAUUCAACGAACGAGCGGCGUCCAUGGUAAAAUUACAUGCCCCGAGUGCCGGAGACAGUUUCAGAUUUCUGGAAGUGGAAAUCCCAGCGAACUUCCCACUAAUUUUCGAAUAAACAGCCUGCUAGAUGUCUUGGCAAUAAAAGAGUGUAGUACAGCCAACGUGAAGUGUGCAAACUGCGAUAAAAGGAGUUCUCAGACCUCGUAUUGCUUCCAGUGUUGUUCCUUCUGGUGCGAGAAAUGCAUUUUAGGACAUGACAUAAUGCGUGCUAACAACGAACACAAAACGUUAGCACUAAAAGAUUUUCAAGAUCAAGACAUCAAGGCUGUAUUAGAGCGACCAGCAUUUUGUCAGAAGAAACACCAUGAAAAAGAAGAGAUGAAGUUCUUUUGCAAGGGCUGUAAAGUCGCCAUUUGCAACACUUGUGCGGUAACGCUUCAUGAAGGUCAUGGUAAGAUGCCCUUGCAAGAAGCUACUGAUGAGCGCAAAAAACAGAUCAACUCCAUAAUUCGAUCUUUGAAAGACAAAGUACGGGAAAAACAAAAGGAAGUCGAACAAUUCAACCAAAAAAGCAUCGCAUUUCAAUCGAAAGUAACCGAGGUAAAAAGCCAAGUGCAGUCUUGUGUAGACCAAAUUAUUGCAAUCAUCGAAGCGAGAAAACAAGAUGUUUUUGAUGCAGUCGAUAAUCAAGCGAAAAAAUCACUGGAAUCUCUCUCACAGAAAAAAGACGAAGUGGAAAAACAAUUAAAAAUAAUUGAAUCCGCAAUUGAACAAACUGAAACUCUGUUGAAACGAAGCUUUAGCACUGAAAUCCUGGGAUUCAAUGAAACAUUUGAUACAAUCCUACAGGAACAGAGCACCCAAGAAAACCGUGACACUGAAUGUAUUCCUCGGUUUAGUUUCACUAAAAGUGAAAAACUGAUUAACCUGUUGAGUAUGAGCGAGGGGAUAGGUAAAGUAGAAUUUGUUUUUAGCGAACCUAAAGCGCAACAAUCAGGAACUAAAGGUAAAGAAAGUAGUAAAGUAAUUGCUGGGAAUAAAGGGGCAAAUGUUCGUGACAGUCCUUUUGAGGCUCAGGUACAAACCAGGCGCUUCAGAUCUGUGCUGUCAUUUGGACAAAAAGGUGAGUCUGUUGGAAUGCUUCACCUUCCCUGGGGGGUGGCAGUGAAUGAUCAUGAUGAAAUUGCUGUGACUGAGUACUGGAACCACAGGGUUUCAGUGUUUAGUAGUGAUGGUACCCACUUAAGAUCCUUUGGUAGGAAGGGUCAGAAUAAUGGUGCGUUCCAGUUCCCUACAGGGAUCGCUUUUGAUAGUCAUGGUAAUAUUGUAGUGGCAGACUGUUUGAACCACAGGGUGCAAGUCUUUGAUAGUAAUGGUAACUUUCUUAGUAAGUUUGGUAAACAAGGAAGUCGUGAUAAUCAGCUUCAAUUCCCUCACGGUUUAUCAAUAAACGGUAACGGUGAUAUUAUUGUUGCUGAUACCGAUAACAAAUUAAUCAAGAUAUUCUCUUCUAGUGGGGAGUAUUUACGUAAAUUUGGUGGAGCAGGUUCAUUGGUCACUCCCUAUCACUGUAUCCAACACGGUCAAUAUUUUAUAGUCUCAGAUGGUGGUGAUCAUUCCAUUAAAAUGUUUAAUCUUGAGGGAACGUUUAUUUCUAAAUCUGGAAAACCGGGGAACAAGGAUGGAGAGUUCAAUAAGCCCCGUUACUUGUCAGUUAACAAAGAAGGAUUGCUAAUGGUCUGUGAAGCAGAAAAUCACAGAGUUCAGGUAUUUGAACUGAGUGGAAAGUUUGUUACAAAGUUUGGAAGUGAAGGUAGUGAGAGAGGAGAGUUAAAGUUUCCAUAUUCUACAGCAAAUCUUAGUGAUGGAAGGAUAGUUGUAUGUGAUAGGGACAACAACCGAAUCCAGGUUUUUGAAAAGAUAUAAAAAUGACCUUACCAGUGGUAUUAUUGUUGAAAAGUUUAAAUUGGUUAUCAAUAAUAAUAAGAAACCUUAAUUUUUCGAACAACCCCAACUCGUGAGGUAUUUGUCACAGUUGACCUUUUCCAGUUACAGGGGGGCAUUAGGUUGCCCUCGUUUUGUGAAUGUAACAAAAAAAAUAUAAAAUCGUGGCUGUAAUAAUAGCUGAAAUGACAUUCAACUUGUAAAUAUGUUUUGUAACCUUUUUUCAUAUGUAUUAUAGUCUCAUUUAAUAGCCGAUUGUCGUUUAAUAAGGUUGUUCAAUUUUUUGGCAUCAAAAUUGGUAUUAUGUUGUACACCUUUUCAUUUUCUUUCGAGCAGUUGCUAGUUGGUAGCUAGUAUACUUUUUGAAAAUAUUAUUCCCUGACCCUCAUAGCUCAAGUAACAUUUUGUUCUCAAAGGUUCUUCAGGUCCCUUGACAUAUAUUAACAUAUAUUUACCGAACUGUAUAACGAUUUACUGAAAAUGCAUUAAAGGAUAAUCAAAUAUAAAGAAUGGGUUCUUUUGUUUAAAUUAACGGAUUCAAAGAGACCGUCAUGUGUUGAAGUUAAACGUACCAGUUUAUUUCAUUCAAGUGUAAAUGUAUUUAGCACGCGAGUCCUAAUGGAGGACACUAUUUCUACGUCUCUUCUCGGAGAAUGGACCACACUUUCUAUGUCCAGUGAUCGUCUGAGUCACGUAUAGGUCAACUGAGCAGUUUGCAGGACCCCUAUCAAGGGACACCCGCUUAAUACAGACACCUCAUUUUUGUCCCUGGGAAAAAAAAGCCCUUAAAUUUUCUCUUAAUUCAACCCCCUUCAAUGAUACGGACGUUUUCUAUGACCCCGCCUCAGUGUGUGUGCGUAUUAACGGGGUUUUACUGUAUCUUGUUCCGUAGUUAUUUUAUUUUAAGACCAACGACAAAAAAUCUCUAUUUUCUGGUAAUUUACCAAACGGUUAAUUUACAUGUAUUAAAAAUGCCACGUUCACGAUCCGUGUUCUCAUUUCGGAAUUCUUACACAGCACGAAAAGUGAAAUUCACCAAACUUUACUAGCCUGCGUGCCGACGAUAACUAAACGCUGAUUAGUACCGUCUGCGAAGCAGCGCUGAGAUCCUUGUUCUGGACCCCCAACGGACUCAACGAAUUACCGGAAGUGCGUUUCGAAUUCCCCUUCAACCUGAUUGGCGAUCACGACAAACAAAACAAAGGCCUUUUUUAACUGGCCAAUCGUAGCGCGUACUCAAAUCUGGGUACACAGCUGGAAGUCCAGAACAAGGAUUUCGGCGCUGUUUCGCAGACGGAGUUAACCAGAGUUUAAUUUCGUCUGCGCGCAGGCUAAACUUUACCUGAUUCCAUAUUUCUUGCCGUGACCCUCAGUAUUCGUCCGGUCCCGUGACUUCCCGCUCCUGCCAUCAACUCAACUGUUCUCUCCUCUCCUCUCCUCUUGCAUGUCCUUAUCUUAUCUUACCCUAAGUCUUCUGUUAAGUCCCCCCUCUCUAAUAAGCCCUCUCCCUCUAGUAAGCUCAAUCUUUUCAGGGGAAGAAAGUUAAUAAUCUUGCCCCCUAGCUCUCUAUUAAGCCCACCCUUCCCUCCCCUAAUUAUUUUUUACCGAUAAAUCAUAGGCUGUAUUAAUCAAUCAAGACGGAAAAGAUUUGUGUGGGUUGAUCCGGGGUGGUUUACUUACCAACUGGAAGUUCGGAUUUAAUUCUGAUCCUCGGCUGCAUGACCUUUAACCUUCUUGUUCUUGAGCUUCUCCACUUAGUAUUCUAGUUCUUUAUGAAGAACUGAUGCCAUCGUCGUUUCUAAAUUAAAUAAGCCUCCUGUCUCUAUUAAGCCAACCCCUCAAGUAGGCUUCAACUAAAUAAGCCCCCCGGGGGGCUUAUUUCUGUUUAGCAUUAUAGGGUUCCUCAUUGCAGGAAUCUCCUUAAUCCCUUCUAUAAUCCCCCCUCCUUCUCCCUACCCGUCCUCUUUUAAUGUUCUCCACCUAGGUUAACCCCAUGGUAUCCAAGAGCAACGAGAACUUCUCUCCUUAACUCUAGAUCUUCCACAUCAACUCUUCUUUGAGGGCCCGGGGGGACUCCCAUAUAAAAGUGACAGGGAUUCUCCUCGAUCAAUCGUCGUCUCGCUUUGGGUGUAAAUUGCAGAUUUUGGUCUCAGUUAAGGUGUUUGGGAUGUAAAGUCACUAUAUUUGCCCAUUCAGGAAUCGCUUAAUUAUUUACAAAAAAAUGUUCUGACACUAACCACACAGAAAUCUCUCUUAGGGCGGGAGUUAGUUUGAGCUUGAACCACUCCGACAUUGGUCAGGGAUAAGGGGAGCCUGAAUUUCAGACGAUUACUUCCAGUCGUUUUCAAGGGUUUAUUCUACGACGAAUGAUCCUCGUCACUUUUAUAUGGGAGUGCCCCCGGGUUUGAGGUAUCCAUUUAGUUCUUGGAGGGUCUAAUUGGUUGUCGUUUACCAUAGGCUUUUGGCGUCCAUUAGGUUGGAAAUCAAAACAGACGAGAUGUAAUGAAGUAGUGAAGAAUGAUGUGUUAUUUUGUACAGGACCCCUUUAAGGUUCCAUCAUGGCUGAGUGUUCUUCGCAGUUUAGUUCCUGACUUCGUUAUCGCAGAUCCAAAGGUACAAGCUUAAUUACCGGAUAAUUAUCAACUACUAUCAGUUUAUAAAAUAAGUUUCUUCUAAAUAGGAUGCUGUAGUGGAAUAAUGCAUCAGUCAAUUCCACUUGCGCCCAGCCCCCCUCUCCGAGCUACUGCGGAGCAUUUUCCCGCCUUGUCAGUCCCGGGGGUGGGGCAUUGGCAAAUUUUGCACUGCCCGGGGGCCGGGCAUUUGCCAACCCCGGGGCCAUUCCCGAGGUGGUCUGCAGCUGAUGGAAAUUCGAGAGAGAGUUCCAUUGCCUUGAGCGCGAGUAGCGCGGUCGCUGGCCGCAAAAGUUCCCUCGCGGGAAGGCGGAGUCCAUUGGAACGCUCUCCUGUCCUACGAAAAAGUACAUUCUGUCUUGUAUUUCGUUUUUCUGCAGAAAGCCCUAGUAUGGGAGAUAACAGGAGCAGAGUUCAGUAAAUCAACAACUCACACAGCUGAUGAAAUAUCAGUCAGGUUCCCACGGGUGACAAGGAUCAGAUAUGAUAAGGACUGGGAAACUGCCAAUGAUUUGCCCCAUCUUAGGGUAAGCUAUACAGGGUUAAUUCCAGGAGGUAUUCAGAAAAACUGUCCAUAUAUUAGCCAUUUUAAGAUCUUUUAAGGCAUGAACUGGGUCGGUACUGUGUCUAAUAUCACUGUGGGACGGUUUGAGGGGGGGUGGUGUCGAAUUUUCACCCUCUUUCCCUGCCGGCAACCUUGCAAUCGCUAAUAAGAGCGAUUGUGUCCCUUAAAACUGUCCCAGAGUUCAAUUCGUUUUUGUGCCGUCCCAGGCUCACACGUGAAGUCAAAAUGACUAAAUAAGGUCACUGCAGGUGUUUUCUGCCGCAGCGCAUACUAGAAUUCGCUCUGCUUAAUAGUGUUAAACUUAACACUUUAAGACCACUGUUGGAAAUGUUUAUAACUGUUGCCCGGGAGAGGCGUCCGCCUUGUAGAAAGUAGUGGUAGGAAACAACUUUAGAUGUCCAUUUGAAUGAGCUGUUAGUUUACUUUCACAAUCACACACAGGCGGCUACACACUUAACGCCGCUCGCUUGUUCGAAAAAUGCGCCCGCCUGCGCUUUAGGCCAUGAAUCAGAUUCCGAGCUGCAUUAAAAACAACUGGAUUCGAACUCUUGCUCAGCGUUGUCAUUACGCUUUUACUCUUUUUUCAUUCAAUUACUGUUGCAUUUUUCGCAGGUUUUAUUCAAGAACUCAAAAGCAUCUAACAGUAAGUAGCUUUUUCUAUAUAUGAUAAAGAAAAGAAACUUCAUUUUGUACUGCGGAACGUUUUUGGAACAGCUUUGUUCGAAGAGAUCGCCAUAUUUGGUGUACAGUAUUACGUAUGUGUUAGUACACAUUGAACGGAAACGAAAACAAAGUUUUGAGCACAUUGCUUUUUUUCUGUGCGUUAAUGUUGGCCAGAAAACUGUCGGCAGCAGCUAAGAGCAUCGCUUCAUCAGACAUCGAGGAGUUAUUGGGUGGACCUUGUCUACUAAUCUUCCUUCUCAUGUUUACUCUUUGUGAGUUUGGACCUGUUUGGAACUUAGAGCUACCCAAUUUAGAGGUUAAGCCGGCAGUUUUUUUACCGUAUUUUCCAGCCUACGAAAUGACAGUAAAUUUUGACUCCAAUUUAGACAAACGCCACCUAGCUACACAGGAAAAUAGACAAGUAGUUACAGCCUAUUUCAAAUCAAACACUUCGAAAGGUAAAGACACUAUGCGACCAUUUUUUUUUGUUGAAGAUACUGCAGGAGAUGUGAAAGACGAUGACGCUGACAAUGAUGAUGGCGAGGAUGAUGAGAAUAGAAGUAAUGUUGAUGAUAUUGAUGACUUUGACGAGGACAAUGACUCUAAAUCAGAGGUUAACCACAAGAAGAAAGUAAAUGAUGAGCCACAGAAAGAAAAAAGAAAAAGAAAAGCGUUGGACACUGCUGAGGAAGAAUCGCCUAAAAAGAAGGUUUGUUUUUAUUUUCAGUCCUUCAAAUACCUGUCUGGCCUGGCAAAAAGUUAAAUGAAAGUGGUCCCAUAUAUUUGACAAGCUGACCGAGUUGGAAGAAUCGUGAAAAAGUUUCUGAUAACACGAAAGUACUUUAUCAAUGAAGUUUUUGCGGCUGUAGGCGUCCUGUUAGCUUAAGCUCCCUAAUAGAGUCUUGUCAUUGGCUUAUAUUCGUUGUUCUUUUCUCAGUCAAAGCCUGCUUGUAAAUAUGGAUCAAAAUGCUAUCAACAGAGCGGGGACCACCGACAGAAAUUCAGCCAUCCUAAAGUAAGUAAAUGAGGUGUGUGAAACGCACUGCCUUUUGCGCCGAGCUGAUUUUUUUUACAACAGAAAAAAGCUGCAAAUUAAUCAAUGUAACAAUUCGUAUCAAACCUGAAAACUGAACGAAAAAGAAAGAAAGAAAGAAGCACACACACAACUUUUCAAGCAAAUGCUAUAGUGAGGUUUCUUUUGCAAGCUGUAAGAAAAUUUAGUUUUCCUAACAAUAAAAAGUUUAGUUGGAAAUCAAACUAGCAAAUGUGCUUUCGUACAUCAGUAUAGAGAGGUUUUAUGACCGGGGCAAAAGCACAGAAUCUCUGUUUUUUUUUAUUUUUCGCUUUUUUGUAAUUUCGCAGGAAAAUGAAGUUGUUGGCAGUCCAAGCAAAGGGCAGGUAAGUAAGGCUCGUAAUUAUUGGAAACAUUUAUAAUUUUUGAGUCAGUGUUUGAAUUAUUUUCAAAACUAUUAACUCUGGAAAAUUGUUAUUCUUUUCGUUUGUUUUAGUAAUGUGUAUUAUAAUCUACAGUUUCUGUUAUGUAAAGAAUUUACUUUGACGUCCUUUUCAUUUUUUACAGCGCUUGAAAGACAUCUUUCAUGGACUGACACUUUUCCUCUCGAAAGACCUUGAAGAUCACGCGAAACUCAAAAGAUAUAUUAUUGCGUAUCCUUUGAAAUACCUUUUGGUCUACUUUAAUAAAAAUUGAGCUAGGAAACUCGUAUGUCGCUUUAGUCGACAGCGUACGGAACAACACGUUUCUGUGUUUCGUAUCCAAAAUAGGAUUUGUAAUGUUUUGAAUCCGCACUCGGCUUGAAUUCAGCGGAUUUAAUCCAAAUAGAAUCGGCCUCGCAAAGUGAAGCAGUGUUUCUUUAGGGAGAUAUUUGAAGAGAGGAAUUUCCGCUUGAAAUAUGGCCAGCGGAAUGCAAAAUGCCCUACCAACCCCUGGUACAGGCUGUAAAUCCGUCUUUGGUUUUUGUCGUCUUUAACCGUGACCAGUUUUCAUCCAUCAUUUACCUUGAAUCUGAAUUCAGAAUUUUUGCAAAGAAACGCAGCUUAAUCACCGCUAUUGCAAUGUUUCCUGCGCUUUUUAUCUGCUGUGCUUUGAUCAUCAAGAUAAGCUUUGAUCUAUAAAACUGGACAAUCCGGUUUUUAACCAUUCUUAACAUGACUUGAUAGUUAUGACGGAGAUUUGGCGGAGGAAUUUGAAAAGUCCAGUGCAACACAUAUUGUAAGCAACAACAGGGUAAGAAGAUGAAAAAUAUUUUGCGCACGUUUACUUUUUGUCAUGUCAUUAGUGUGGUAAACUUCACUGCGAAUGCGAACAGUUUCUUAUUUAUAAAUUCUUGUAGGCCUGUAUUGGACCGGACUAGAAACGGGAAGACAAAUCGCAAAAAUAAAAAUGAGACAAAGAAAGAAGAAAGACGGAAGAAGACAAAUUUGCAAAGGAUAAAGAGGGAAGAAACUCAAAAUGCAAGCGUGUAUUAUGGAAAACAUGAAAGCGGGGAAUAGACUCUGUACAAUCCCCCACCUCCCUCUCCACCCCUCUUCCCAUUUUCUUUCUCUUCGACAUUGGAAGCAACGCUUUGGAGGUGAUAAGCUAAAAUAGUUUAUUAGCGAUGUAACCAAUGCCCGCUGUUCUUAUCGUGUCUGCUCUUUCUUUUUUAGGAUGGACGAAAGGAGCAAGGAUCGACCAAGGUUGUGUCGCCAUCAUGGAUUUGGAAGUGUAUUAAGAAGGGCCGUCUCGUACCAGUUAAUAAAUUUCUUGUAUAAAUUUACAGCACUCGACCACUUUGACGGUUUUCAAUUCCUUCCAGGAUCAACUGCUUGGAUAAUUACAGAACACCUGGAAGUCUUUAAUCGCGCCUCCAAGUGAGAUUGGUCACAGACCAUUAAGAAAAAGAGUUUACCGAGGCUGAUGGAAUACUUCAACCAUUAAAAUGAAUGUUACGUAAUUAUAGAUUUACCUCGCCGAACGAAAAUAUGAUCGCUGAUAAUUGCUCCCUUGACCGAACAUUAUAAAAGUUUGAAAAAAGGAAUUUCACUUAGUUUUAUACCGCCGUGUGAAUCUCAUCCCUCUUGAUAUUUUCAAUAACAACUGUCUACUUAAACGAAGAAAAGAUAUGUCAAUAAAAGACGAGGCCCGCCCGAAUAGCCUAAAAACAAAUGAGAAUAAAACUGUCUUAAUUCUUGACUCGUACUAUAAUAAUACUAAUUUAAAUUUGUGAAAAAAUAAAUUCAUUUGAAAGAGAGCACUUUACCGAAGUGUCCGUAAAAAAUAACAGGUGACAAUUCAGAAGGAAAUCCAGUUCUGUCUUUUAAGCGAACUCUAGCAGAUACCAAUCCGAUUACAGCUUCUAAACUGACAAUAAAGAGAUACCACCGUUUUAAAGUUACUUUAUAUUUUGACUUUUAUACUUCAUUGCUUUUUUAACCGCUCUGAGGCCAACAGAAACUUAAGAUUUAGUAACAACUUUCUACAACUGCCAUUUGUUCUGGAGGGUUUUGUUACACAGUAUCAGAGAUGACUUAGCCGAAGGUUGAUUUUAAUCAAAAAUGGAAAUGUAUUUGCUGGAAACACACAGAUUAACGACCUCUAUAUUGGACAAAGUAGACGCAAAAUUUAUUCGUAAAAGUAUGGGUAAUGACGCGUUUUGGCUUUCGCGUGCCUUUUUUGCUCCUUGGGGACUUGUCAGAAAUUAGGAGGGGGUGGGAAUUUUAAAUUUGGGUUCGUAAAUGAGGUGGUACGUUCCUGCAGUGGAAGUGAAAUUUGCUAACCCUCCCCUUGAGCUUGGCUUAAAAUAUCAUGACCCUCCCCCUGUUAUAUAAAUGAUAAAAUCUAGUUCUUGCAAUACACUAGGGUGAGUCAGUAUUAUGAAAACUCAAAAUAUAUUUCUAAUCUGUUCUUUGUAAUGCUAUAUACAUCCAUUUUAGAUGACAGCAUUAAGAGUCCGACUCUGAUUCUGACAGCUGAUCACUCGACUCUCCUCUUUCUCCGACGUUUUUUUACCAAAUAAAGAACUUCCUUUUUCUUCUGUGGGUGAACCUCUAUAUGAUCACGGCCAUAUAUUUGCAUGACCCUCCCCCUUUAAACGGACCAUUUUUUAUGACCCCUCCCUUUUCUGCGUCCCAAAAAGUUGAGACCCUCCCUCUGUUUCCACACCCCUCCCCCCUACUCAUUUCUGACAAGUCCCUAGCUUAUUUUGAGCCAACGGGGAGUUGCUUUCCCAAUUUAAUCUGUUCAAGGAUUGUACGCGUGUGUAACGAGUUGAGUGUACACAAAUAUUCAAAAAAUUUCAGUAGUCCAUGCUUUAACAUGCCUAGCAAACUUUUCCGAACGAAUUAGGGAGAGAAAGCCCCUUCAUUCCUCAUUUUUUUCUCUCCCCAACUUUCGCGCGGAAUCUCCUGCCGACAAGUUACCCAUGCUUCAAAGAGCUGAUUAACUCUCAGAAAUACAGGAUGUUGAUGCUCUUUUAUUCUGCCAUCAAAACACGCCAAGAAACUCUAUUUGAUUGGCUAAUAAUACACGAGUUUAGUCUCGGUCACAAGACAAGAAUUCAUUGUUCAUUAGCAAAGUCAUUCCCUUGAUCAGCCAAAGUUUUUGAAAAGUAACCUUGUUUCCGACCUUUUCCAUGGAUAUAAAGACCUUGCUGGACAAUCUUCAUGAUGAAGUAUCCUGUUCUGUGUGUAUGUGUACAUUCACUGAUCCAAAGCAGUUGCCUUGUUUGCACAGUUUCUGUCUUCACUGCCUGAACGGAAUUCAACGAACGAGCGGCGUCCAUGGCAAAAUUACAUGCCCCGAGUGCAGGAGACAGUUUCAAAUCCCUGGAAGUGGAAAUCCCAGCGAACUUCCGACUAAUUUUCGAAUAAACAGCCUGCUAGAUGUCUUGGUAAUAAAAGAGUGUAGUACAGCGAACGUGAAGUGUGGAAACUGCGAUAAAAGGAGUUCUCAGACCUCGUAUUGCUUCCAGUGUUGUUCCUUCUGGUGCGAGAAAUGCAUUUUAGGACAUGACAUAAUGCGUGCUAACAACGAACACAAAACGUUAGCACUAAAAGAUUUUCAAGAUCAAGACAUCAAGGCUGUAUUAGAGCGACCAGCAUUUUGUCAGAAGAAACACCAUGAAAAAGAAGAGUUGAAGUUCUUUUGCAAGGGCUGUAAAGUCGCCAUUUGCAACACUUGUGCCGUAACGCUUCAUGAAGGUCAUGGUAAGAUGCCCUUGCAAGAAGCUACUGAUGAGCGCAAAAAACAGAUCAACUCCAUGAUUCGAUCUUUGAAAGACAAAAUACGGGAAAAACAAAAGGAAGUCGAUCAAUUCAACCAAAAAAGCAUCGCAUUUCAAUCGAAAGUAACCGAGGUAAAAAGCCAAGUGCAGUCUUGUGUAGACCAAAUUAUUGCAAUCAUCGAAGCGAGAAAACAAGAUGUUUUUGAUGCAGUCGAUAAUCAAGCGGCAAAAUCACUGGAAUCUCUCUCACAGAAAAAAGACGAAGUGGAAAAACAAUUAAAAAUAAUUGAAUCCGCAAUUGAACAAACUGAAACUCUGUUGAAACGAAGCUUUAGUACUGAAAUCCUUGGAUUCAGUGAAACAUUUGAUACAAUCCUACAGGAACACAGCACCCAAGAAAACCGUGACACUGAAUAUAUUCCUCGGUUUAGUUUCACUAAAAGUGAAAAACUGAUUAACUUGUUAAGCGUGAGCGAGGGCAUAGGUAAUGUAGAAUUUGUUUUUAGCGAACCUAAAGCGCAACAAUCAGGAGCUAAAGGUAAAGAAAGUAGUAAAGCAAUUGCUGGGAAUAAAGGGGCAAAUGUUCAUGACAGUCCUCUUGAGACUCAGGUACAAACCAGGCGCUUCAGAUCUGUGCUGUCAUUUGGACAAAAAGGUGCGGCUGUUGGAAUGUUUAACGCGCCCUAUGGGGUGGCAGUGAAUGAUCAGGAUGAAAUUGCUGUGACUCAUACCUGGAACCACAGGGUUUCAGUCUUUAGUAGUGACGGUACUCACUUAAGAUCGUUUGGUAGGAAGGGUCAGAAUAAUGGUGAGUUGCAUUGCCCUAAAGGGAUCGCUUUUGAUAGUCAUGGCAAUAUUGUAGUUGCAGACUCUUUUAACCACAGGGUGCAAGUCUUUGAUACGAAUGGUAACUUUCUUAGUAAGUUUGGUGAACAAGGAAGUCUUGAUAAUCAGCUUCAAUAUCUUGAAGGUUUAUCAAUAAACGGUAACGGUGAUAUUAUUGUUGCUGAUACCGAUAACAAAUUAAUCAAGAUAUUCUCUUCUAGUGGAGAGUAUUUACGUACAUUUGGUGGAGCAGGUUCUCCCUAUUGCUGUAUCCAGUACGGUCAACAUUUUAUAGUCUCAGAUGCUGGUGAUCAUUCCAUUAAAAUGUUUAAUCUGGAGGGAAAGUUUAUUUCUAAAUUUGGGAAACAGGGAAACAAGGAUGGAGAGUUCAAUAAGCCCUGUUGCUUGUCAGUUAACAAAGAAGGAUUGUUAAUGGUCUGUGAUUCAAAAAAUCACAGAGUUCAGGUAUUUGAACUGAGUGGAAAGUUUGUUACAAAGAUUGGAAGUGAAGGUAGUGAGAGAGGAGAGUUCAGGUUUCCAAGGUCUUUAGCAAAUCUUAGUGAUGGAAGGAUCGUUGUGUGUGAAAUGAAUAACAACCGAAUCCAAGUGUUUGACAAGAUCUAA